GACUAGAACUGUCUGCUCAUCUGGAAUAGGACUAACUGCCUGCUCAUCUGGCCCCUACCUGCACAAACCAUCACCUUCUGAAUCAGCACCUGGACAUAUAUAGCCACAAAGUGAUGGCUCUGGGGACCAGUGAAUGAAGGAACAGAGUGAUUUUUAACAUGGACGACCUUGGCAGCACAGCUAAGGAACCUUUGCCAAAAAUGUCACUGAAGACAGACGGAGCCCACAAAAAAUGGGCUGCUCUGAAAGAAAAACUUGGGCCGCAGGAAACAGACCAGAGCGAAGCUAAUCUGGAGAACGCAGAGCCAGAGCUGUGCAUUCGUCUCCUGCAGAUCCCGUCUGUGGUGAAUUAUUCUGGACUUCGGAAGCGCCUGGAGAGCAGUGAUGACGACUGGAUGGUACAGUUUCUGGAGCUCAGCGGUCUGGAUCUGUUACUGGAAGCCUUGGACAGGCUGUCUGGCCGAGGGGUGGCACGGAUUUCUGAUGCGUUGCUUCAGCUCACAUGUAUUAACUGUGUACGCACAUUGAUGAAUUCGCAUAAGGGGAUUGAGUAUAUUGUCAGCAACGAGGGCUACGUGAGGAAACUUUCUCAAGCACUGGACACUUCUAACGUGAUGGUGAAAAAACAAGUGUUUGAGCUGCUAGCGGCGUUGUGUGUGUACGCCCCCGAGGGCCAUGCGCUGGCACUAGAUGCCCUGGAGCAUUAUAAGACAGUGAAGAACCAGCAGUAUCGCUUUAGUGUGAUUAUGAUCGAGCUGUCUGCCACAGACAAUGUCCACUACAUGGUCACUCUUCUGAGUUUCAUUAACGCCAUCAUCAUCGGGACAGAAGAGCUGCGGCUGCGCGUGCAGCUGCGGAAUGAGUUCAUAGGUCUUCAGGUUCUGGAUGUGUUAACCAAACUUAAGUAA